GUUUUAGAGAGAGAAAGAGAGAGACUUCGAAUCCACUCGAACGGGUUUUAAAGAACAGGGCAGCUCACUUUGCCACCACUGCUACUUUGUAAUCGUAGCUUUCAAGUUCCAAAACACACACACACACACACAAAUAGAUAUAUAUCAUAUUGUGUAUAUAGCACCACGACGUCGCAUUGAAGAAUCGGAUCUUUCACUUUUUGGUGUUUUUGAAGUGCAUUUGUUGGAGAAACAGGAAGAACUGUGUAGAACAAUCUCGAAUUAGGCAAAGAGAAAUGGAGAGGAACACGCCGGUGAGAAAACCUCACACUUCAACGGCAGAUCUGUUAACCUGGUCGGAAAAUCCCGCAGCUGAUUCACCGGCUACCGGCUCCGCUGCCUCAGCUGCCCGCUCCUCCGCUCGGUCUCAUCAGCCUUCAGAUGGGAUCAGUAAGGUUGUGUUUGGAGGUCAGGUUACAGAUGAAGAAGUCGAGAGUUUGAACAAAAGGAAACCUGUUUCAGGAUACAAGUUGAAGGAGAUAACAGGAAGUGGCAUAUUCGCAGCUGGUGGAGAGAAUAACAUUGAAGAAACAGAUCCAUCAAACCCAACUCCAACUAAUAAAACUGGAUUACGAAUGUAUCAGCAAACAGUUGCUGGAAUCAGCCACAUAUCAUUCGGAGAAGAAGAAUCAGUGUCUCCAAAAAAAGCUCUUUCUGAAGCCAAACAGCGUGAACUAACAGGAACACUAGACAGUGAAUCAGAAGCAAGAUUGAAAAAACAAAUCUCAGAUGCAAAAAACAAAGAACUCAGUGGCCAUAACAUAUUCGCACCACCACCUGAAAUCCAACCCCGCCCGUUAGCUGCCCGAGCACUUGCCCUAAGAGAAACCAUAAGCAUUGGUGAAUCUGCCCCAAACCCUGAAGAUUCCAUGGUGAAAACAGCAAAGAAGAUUCCAUCCCAAAAGUUUACAGAACUUUCUGGAAACAAUAUUUUCAAAGGAGAUGAAGCUCCUGCAAGUAAUGAAAAGUCAUUGAGUUCAGCUAAGCUUAGGGAGAUGAGUGGGAGUGAUAUAUUUGCUGAUGGGAAAGCGGAAUCUAGAGACUAUCUAGGUGGCGUUCGCAAGCCGCCAGGUGGCGAGAGUAGCAUUGCAUUGGUGUAGUAGGUAUUGUUUCUUCUAACUUUGAUUUUACUUUCUUUGAAGAUCAUAUUUUUAUUUUUUAUUUUUAUUUGGUUGCGUUGCUUACUUGGUGAUGACAAUUAUAUGUUUGUGGAUGAUUUGGUAAUUUGGUUUUUAGUAGGGUAUAUGAUGAGAUAUCAUUGUGGACUUUUGGCUGA